ACCAUAAACAACUUCUCUUCACUUCUCUCCUCUCAGUUGCAAUCUACGAUUUUACUUAGUGGGGUUUUUUGUUCGUUUUUGGGUCCAAUUAAUUAAUAAUUAAGAGGAGAGAUUAGGAUUGUAUUAGUGCAUUGUUAAUCAUGAUGCAUUACCAGGCAGCUGCUGAGUCAUGGGGGUACUACGUGCCGGUGAGGAUGAGCAUGGGGGAUCCACUAGAGCGGGUGGCAAGGCUGGCCUCGAAGAGCGCGGUGGUGAUAUUCAGCGUGAGCAGCUGCUGCAUGUGCCAUGCCGUCAAGAGGCUCUUCUGCGGGAUGGGGGUGAACACAACGGUGUACGAGCUGGAUCAGGACCCCAGAGGGAAGGAGAUCGAGAGGGCACUCAUGAGGUUGCUCGGCAACUCGUCGGCGGUUCCGGUGGUCUUCAUUGGUGGCAAGCUUGUCGGCGCCAUGGAUAGAGUCAUGGCUUCCCAUAUCAAUGGGUCCCUGGUCCCACUUCUUAAGGAGGCUGGGGCCCUCUGGCUCUGAUCGUCAUCGUCGAAUUAUUACAUGCAUGUCAGGGAAAAAAAAAAGGGAAAAGAAAAGAGUGAGAGUGUAUGUUCAGUUUUAACUACGUUGGAAUAUAUUUAUGUUAAUUUCA